ACUCUCCCCAGGUGUAUGAGACAACAAUUAGACAUAACAAUCAGACAUGUACACGAUCCUCCGGUCUGGACAGCCCCUACCGCCGGGACCUCUGCCGGAAUGAUGAUAUAAGACAUUGCGGGGCCGGCUUCCGAGAACGGGCAAGGCAACCCGGGCCCGGAUCGCCGAACUCGAUCACCGUUACGGCAUGUCUUGGCACGGAGAACCCCACCAAGCCAUCAGCGAGCUCCACCAAGAAAAUGUUAGUCUUGGCCUUGGAGAUCGUCCAAACACUUACACACAAACUUAACCCUCACUUGGUCCUUUUGAUAUUCUUGAAUAUCUUGAUCCCAGCACAACCUUUUGAGUCGGUUUUUGAAUUCCUGCUUCAGCUACCGCUACCGUAGCAAUGUCCGCCACCAAGAAGACCUACAUCGUCGAGCACCUCGAUGAGGAGCUGGGCCCCUGGUCCGAGCUCGAGUACCUCGCUAUCGCCAAGGAAUCGCAAGAGAUCGGUUCCGAGUUCCAUCUGACUUCCCUGCCCCAGGGCUUCAAGGUCCCCGAGGCCCUGGCCGCUGUGCCGGCCUUCAAGGCUGAGAACCGUGGUGUUGAGGAGAUCUAUGCUGCUGACAAGAGCAGGGUCUGCCUGCUUGAUCCCGCGGCCAAGAAGGACUUGAGCCCUGAGGAUGGCGAGACCUUUGAUGUUUUCCUGUUUGGCGGUAUUUUGGGUGACGACCCCCCGAGAGACAGAACUUCUGAGCUCCGCAAGAAGGGCUUCGAGGGUCGCCGUCUCGGCCCCGUGCAGAUGACCACUGACACUGCUGUCCGUGUCACUCGUCUGGUUGUUGAGGGCAAGACCCCCGUCGACAAGAUUCCCUACGUCGACCACCCCGAGCUCAAGUUCAGCGAGCACGAGAGCACACAGAUGCCCUUCCGCUAUGUCACUGACAAGGAGGGCAAGCCAAUUAUGCCUGCGGGCAUGGUCGAGUUGAUCAAGAAAGACUCGGACAAGGCUAUUGACGACAUGUUCUAAGUUUCAUGCCUUGGAUACCAAUGAAGAAAAGAUAGAGUAUAUACCCAACCAGAAUCUGUUUAUAUGUUGCCCCUUGACUUUCCUGGAGGAAGUGUUAUCAGACUUCGGCCAGCUGUUGAGCUCGAUAUCUUCUCGUAUAACAUGAACGAGCUUCAGCUACCUAUAAGCACCCCGAGCGGGGUUAUUCCGUGUCCUGUUAUCUUAUCAAACGCUGUCUAACCCCGCUGGGUAUAAAUCGAGGUCUAGAGGUAUAGUUAACUCGA